UCGACUAACACCAUAUCUUCAAUAUCUAUUUUCAACUUCUUGAAUAAUAUCUCUUGUUAUAAGAUUAUUAAAGUUUUGGUAUUAUUAGUCCUUACAAUGAAUGCACUAGCAGCCACCAAUAGGAACUUUAAGUUGGCCUCUAGGCUUUUGGGAUUGGAUUCAAAGAUUGAGAAAAGUUUGUUGAUUCCAUUCAGAGAAAUCAAGGUGGAGUGUAGUAUUCCCAAAGAUGAUGGAACAUUGGCUACUUAUGUUGGAUUCAGAGUUCAACAUGAUAAUUCCAGAGGCCCUAUGAAAGGAGGAAUAAGAUACCACCCUCAGGUAGAACCAGAUGAAGUGAAUGCUUUAGCACAACUAAUGACAUGGAAAACAGCAGUAGCAAAUGUACCAUAUGGUGGUGCAAAAGGAGGGAUAGGAUGUGAUCCUUCAGAGUUAAGUUUGUCUGAGUUAGAAAGACUUACUAGAGUUUUUACUCAGAAAAUUCAUGAUCUUAUUGGAGUUCAGAUUGAUGUGCCUGCACCUGAUAUGGGAACAGGACCACAAACAAUGGCAUGGAUACUAGAUGAGUAUUCAAAAUUUCAUGGCUACUCCCCUGCAGUAGUGACUGGAAAACCUAUAGAUCUUGGUGGAUCUCUAGGAAGAGAUGCAGCUACAGGAAGAGGUGUCCUCUUUGCAACAGAGGCUUUGCUUAAUGAGUAUGGAAAAAGUGUAUCUGGUCAAAGAUUUGUCAUACAGGGUUUUGGAAAUGUGGGGUCUUGGGCUGCUCAAUUAAUAAAUGAAAAGGGUGGAAAAGUUGUUGCUGUGAGUGACAUAACAGGAGCCAUAAAGAAUAGUAAUGGUCUUGACAUUCCAAGCUUACUUGAGUAUUCCAAAGAGCACAAAGGAAUUAGAGGAUUUCAUGGUGGUGAUUCAAUAGAUCCCGAAUCUAUUUUGGUUGAAGAUUGUGAUGUUCUUGUACCUGCUGCUCUUGGUGGAGUCAUCAAUAGGGAAAAUGCAAAUGAAAUUAAAGCCAAAUUUAUUGUGGAAGCAGCCAAUCACCCAACUGAUCCAGAGGCUGAUGAGAUUUUGAAAAAGAAAGGGAUUGUGAUCCUCCCAGAUAUAUUUGCAAAUUCAGGAGGAGUUACAGUUAGUUACUUUGAGUGGGUGCAGAACAUACAAGGGUUCAUGUGGGAUGAGGAAAAAGUGAACACUAGAUUGAAGACAUACAUGACCAAAGGUUUCAAAGAUGUGAAAGAAAUGUGCAAAACUCAUAAUUGUGAUCUUCGUAUGGGAGCCUUCACACUUGCAGUUAACCGUGUAGCAAGGGCCACAAUCCUAAGGGGUUGGGAAGCUUGAAGUCAUAAUUUUGUAAUAUAUUCUUUCAAAUAAGAGCUCUUGAUUUUGUGGUGUAGUCGAUUAUAAAUUAUUAGAUUACAAAAAAUAAAUAUGUAGCAAUAUGUAGCCAUUCUUGCAUGUACCUCCCUAAAUUAGAGGGAUAUUGGUAGUUAUUAUUAUUUCUUAUAAAUUUAAUUUCAAUUUGAUUUUUUCCUCA